AGUCAUGGAUAAUCCACAGAGAAGGACAAAUGAGAACAAUGACGCAUCGUCCAAUGAUAUAUUUAAGCAAGGUGGAUCAACCUUUCCAAAGUACCCACCGAUUAUACUGCUCCUGGGAUUGCUGAACGCUGUAUUGUUGAUAACGGCUGUUGUUAUUGGAGUUAACUGUGCCAAAGUCAAAGAGGACUCCUUGCACAUUUCCAACCCAGCUGUAACACAGCUCUUCAGUGAGCUCGACUAUCUCCGAAGCAACCACAGCGAUGUGAUCGAAGCUGAAGAGGAGGCCAAGAAGGCGUUAGAGAGCGCGAUCAACAACCACAAAGAAGUAAAGGUGAAAAUUGAGGAGCUGAAGACCGUCAAUGAUGGUUAUCAGAAACAGAUGCAAGCACUGCAAAUGGAGAAGGCAAACCUGAAGUCCAAUGUAUCAAUUUUAGAGGGAUCUUGCGGCGUAUGCCUCCCUGGUUGGGCUCUUUUCAACUCGUCCUGCUAUUUCUUCUCCUACACCGAGUCCUCUACUGUCAAAAAGAACUGGCAUGAGAGCAGAGAGGACUGUAUUCGUCGUGGCUCUGACCUGGUUGUGAUUGAUAACCAGGAAGAGCAGAAAUAUGUGAGUAACAUGGUCCAAAAUAUGAAAACCACUUUUACUAUCUGGGAGAAUGGAUUCUGGAUUGGAAUCACUGACAUGGAGAAUGAGGGGACCUGGGCAUGGAUUAAUAAUGUCACAGAGGUAGAACAAAGGUACUGGAUGGAUGGAGAACCGAACAACGCUGGAAAUGUGGGAGAACAUUGUGGGGUGACAGUUCACUCCACCUUUAAUCCCUGGAAGACCCGCUAUGAUGGAAAGUGUGACUUUCAGCAGCUGCACUGGAUAUGUGAAAUGUAAUCAAAAAAACGCUUUUCACUCCUGAUAUGAUGCUCAAGCAGUCUGUAAUAGAGAUGAGUAAAACAUUUUUAACCAUAAAUUAUUUUAGCAGUUUUCUGCUAAUUCUUCAUAUUUAGAAUCUACAGCAGUGCAGUAACAUUCAAAUUACU